ACACCUCCCCUUCCCAAAAAACCAAACCCCCAACAAUUCGGGAAAUUCUCACAAUUCCCCCCACUCAAAACCGGGCGCUUCGGAGGGGUCUCUACUGGGACCCGCCCUUUUUUUCUUCCCCUAGAGGUCCCCCCCAGCCCAAAUUCCCGUUUUUGCAGCGUUUCCCCUCCGCUUUUCCCAGCGUUUUUUCCCCGCUUUUUUCCCAGUGGCGCAUCCGGCGGGGAAUGGGAUGACGGGACCUUCCUGUUCCCGGCUCCGCGCCCGCCUCGCACCCGGGGGACGCCCCCGCCACGAUCCCCCCGCACCCCCGAGCCCGCCGGGACCCCCGGAGCCACCCCCGGGCCCCCCCAGGCCGCGGAGCCGCCGAGAUAUUGCAGACUGAGUCUGGAGCAGCUGCGGGACCUGCUGAGACCCCCAAAGAGCAGCCCCCCAGUAGCCCUCAUGGAGCAGGACGAGCCCGAUGUGGUGGAGCUGCAGGACUCUGACGAGGGGGACGUGGUCCGGAGAGUCUUCAUUGCCGACGACGGCGUCGUGAGCGAUGGCGAGGCCGAGGUGCUGCCGCACGAGAUCAUCCGCACGGUGAUCCCGCACAGCCCCCUGCGCGCCCCCACGCCCCGCGGGACCCCCGGCCCGGCCCCGGGCGGCUCCGAGGAGGGCGGGGGGCGGCGGGGAGGGGGCCGCCAGCGCCCCUUCAUCUGCAACGAGUGCGGCAAGAGCUUCAGCCACUGGUCCAAGCUGCUGCGGCACCAGCGCACGCACACGGGCGAGCGGCCCAGCACCUGCGGCGAGUGCGGCAAGAGCUUCUCGCAGAACUCGCACCUGGUGCAGCACCGCCGCACCCACACCGGAGAGAAGCCGUACAGGUGCGGCCACUGCGGCAAGAGCUUCUCCUGGAGCUCCAACCUCAUCCAGCACCAGCGCAUCCACACCGGGGAGCGCCCUUACGGCUGCGCCGAGUGCGGCAAGAGCUUCACGCAGAGCAAGAACCUCAUCAAGCACCAGCGCACCCACGCCGGGCCGGGGGCGGCACGGCCGCGGCGCUGCACCCACCCUGCGGGUACCCCGAGGGCGCUGAAAGGGCCGCGGGCCGGGGGUGAGGGCGAGGGGCCCGCCGGGGCCGAGGGUGGCCACGGGCAGGAGCCGCUGAUCUGCGUGGAGUGCGGGGAGAGCUUCGCCCGGAGCGCCGCGCUCAGGAGGCACCGCCGGGGGCACCGCCCUCUCUUCGUGCCCUGAGGGGACUUGGGGACAGUGGCACCGCCAGCUGUUUGUGCUCUGAGGGGACAUGGGGACAGUGGCACCGUCCUCUCUUCGUGCCCUGAGGGGACGUGGGGACAGUGGCACCGCCAGCUCUUUGUGCUCUGAGGGGACGAUGUGGGGACAGUGGCACCGGGAUGUGGGACAGUGCCGCUCUUCAUGCCCUGAGGGGACAUGGGGACUCUGCAGACAGGGCACAGGGACAGUGGGACACUGCCCCCGCACUGCUGGGAGCACUGCCCGCUCUUUGUGCCCUGAGGGGACACGGGGACAGUGGCACCGGGAUGUUGGGACACAGGACAGCUGGGGCACUGCCCGCUCUUUGUGCCCUGAGGGGACACCGCGGUGGGAACACAGGGACAGUUGGACAGUGCUGUGGCAGGGUCCGCUCUUGGUGCCCUGCAGGGACAAGGGGACACACAGACAGUGGGGCUGCCCUGGUUGGGGACACAGGGACUGUGCCACGGACAGGUGACAUGGUGCCACCAUGCCAGGGGACACAUGGAGUGUUUCAUGGGCAGGACGUGGUGACAGAGCUGGGGUCACACGAGUGCCACAGGGGAGGGGAUGUGGUGACACCAAGCUAGGGGACUGGGGGGCACCUGGACUGGGACAAGGACAGGACACGGUGACUCCAAGGGGCGGGGGGGACACACACAAACAGGACAGAGUGACGCAGAGCUGAUGUCCCCAAGCCCACGCCAUACCCCGUGUCACCUCGGUGCCCCUCACUGUCCCCCAUCAGUCCCACAUCCCAGAGCUGUAAAUAGGGGAAGAGGGGAGGGACACGAGACUGGGACCCCGGGGGGUGGGAGGGG